CUGGGGGAGAAGUUUUGAUGCUUGUUCAGAAAGGCGGGGGUACAAACAUACGGGAUGUUUGGAUAGACAACGCAAAUAGAACCCAGGUACAUAGACAACGCCUUCCUCUGAGAGAGUUGAUUGGACAGGGCACUUACAGGAUUGACCAAUCGGUAGACUCAGAGUCAUACGACGAGGUACAUCUUGUAUUUCUUAAUGCUGUGGCGGAUCCAUUGUGGCGAAUGGUUUUCAACAGAACAGCUGUUAGGAGUGGAAAAUGGUUUGAGGAAGUGAAGAGAUCGUCAUCCAGUAUCUCCGGUUAUAACUUCACAAUAACAUAUUCAAGACAACCCCCCUAUCCUCUCUGCAUUGGAACUGGGAGUUGCAGAGAUCCAGCUUGGGCGGGUAUUUGGAGGUCAGAGUCCACCGAGUCCCCCCUUUUCCUUUUUAAUGCCGAUCAACACGUUCCGCGAAUUCUUCCACACCCCACACGGGAGGCCCUUUAUAUUCGCUGUGAGUCAAAAGAGACGUUUACCAUGGAACACCAAUAUGAUGCCUCGAGUACUGGUAUGAAAGUUCUGGAUUGUCUGGAAAUGUGUAAAACAAAAUUCCCGUACAUGUUAAUGCAGAUUGAUCGAUGA